AAAGCUUUUGCAUCGCAGGGCUGCCCCCGAGCGAAUUUGACCAUAUACAAGAUGAUCCUCACGCAGUGCGCCGUCUGCGCCACCGACCUUGGGCUAACCUUGGGCAAGAAAUGCGGCCGCUGCAGCACACGCUACUGCGGGCCCGAAUGCCAGAAAAAACACUGGGAAGAGGGCGGGCACGACAAACUCUGCAAACUGAUAAAGAAAUCAGGCGGCGCCGAGCAGUACAACGCAAAUAAUAAGUACGCGGAGGCAGUGACAAUCGCGGCGGAGGCGUGCGCCGAGGACACGAAGGGCCAGACGUGCUACAUCUGCACGCAGGCCCUCCAUUGGAAGACGAAGGAGGGCCUCGUGCGUGGAUGCUCGUGCCGCGGGACGGCGGGCGUCGCGCACGUAUCGUGCUUGGUGGAGCAGGCGAAGAUUUUGGUCGCGGAGGCCGAGGAGAACAAUUUGGGCCACGAUGCGUUUAAUGCGAGGUGGCGGCGGUGGUGCAGCUGUAGCUUGUGCGAGCAAGAGUACCACGGCGUCGUGAAGUGUGCGCUCGGGUGGGCUUGCUGGAAGACGUACUUGGGGCGGCCGGAGACGGACGAGGUUCAGGGCAUGGCGAUGAGCAUGCUUGGGAACGGUUUAUUCUUUGCUCAUAACUACGAAGACGCGUUGUCCGUGUACGAGGCUAUGUUGCAUAUGCUGCGGCGCCUUGGCGCAGCAGAAGAACACAUUCUCAUCGCGCAGAGCAGUCUCGCGAGCACGUAUCGAGCGCUUGGGCGGAAUGAAGAUGCCUUACAGAUGGAUCGAGAUAUAUAUAGCGGACGUUUGAGGCUCAACGGCGAGGAAAAUGGACAUACCCUCCUUGCAGCCAACAACUACUCGACGUCCCUUAUUGGCCUAAAGCGCUUCGAAGAAGCGAAGUCGCUGCUGCGCAGAACGAUGCCCGUGGCACGACGCGUCCUCGGGGAUAAUAAUGACAUGACGCUCAAGAUGAGGGUGAUUUACGCGGAGGCGCUCUACGAAGACGAGGGCGUGACGCUCGGCGAUCUCCGCGAGGCCGUGACGACGCUCGAGGACGUGGGUCGGAUCGCGCGGCGCGUGCUCGGUGGCGCGCAUCCGCUCGCAGUGGGGAUUGAGGACGCCCUGGGAAACGCGCGAGCCGCACUCUCCGCCAGCGAAACGUCGCCGACGAGCAACAACGCCUAG